GCUGUUAUGCCUAAAUUCUUUUUAGAGUUUCCUUAACACAGAAGAGGACGCUGUUAUGCCUAAAUUCUUUUUAGUGUUUCCUUAACACAGAAGAGGACGCUGUUAUGCCUAAAUUCUUUUUAGAGUUUCCUUAACACAGAAGAGGACGCUGUUAUGCCUAAAUUCGACCCAAAACCAACAAAGGCUGCAGUGUUGAGAGCGGUUGUAGGGAACCAAUCAAUAUGUCAAGAAAAGCUCUAAACCAUGCCAGCCCACACUUCUUUUCUAUCUAGUACGAGACAGAACUGUGUGUUAUAUGGAUCCAAGCUGCUAGUUUUUUAUCUGCAGAAAUUGUGCCCACUGGGGGAGCAAAUCAACUUGGUUGAAUCAACUUUCAUUUUAACCCCAAAGAAUCUGUGAUGAUGUUAAAUCAAUGUGGAAAACUGAUUACUUACCUACUGUUCACCUAAUGCCUUUUUUUGCACUGUUGGGUAGAGCCUGUAAGUAAGUAUUUCACUGUUCACCUGUUGUGUUCAGCGCACGUGACAAAUAAACUUUGAUUUGAUUUGAUGUGGAAAAGUGAUUGGAUUUGCAAAAAGGCAUCAAUGUAAGGCAGGGGACUCCAACCUUUCCAGCUCGAGAGCUACUUUAAAAAAAUGUGUCUUAAGCUACUCAUUUUAUUCUAGUUUUCAAACAGGAACAUCCUUCUCUUCUUCUCUCCUGUGAAACUCUUCCCCAAGUCCUUAGUGUACAAGAUAAAGUAAUACACUGUUUUCUGUCAAUAUACCUGGUCAAAUAAUGGUUAAUAAACCAUGCUAAGGUGGGCCCCCCAAAUUCUGUUUUAGAUUUUUCCAAAUUAUGUUUUCAAAAUGUAUUUAUUUUUCCUGGUUUUAGAUUUUCUUUGUUUUUCACUAUCAGAAUUACAAUUGUUAAUAGAGAAUUUUUUUUUUUAAAUGUUGUGAGUCCUUGUCAAUGCUUGAAUCACAUCAGAAGUAAAACAUUUAGGUAUGGUCCUUUAGACACCAAGGGGUGCACAUUUUUGUUUUUGCUACGCAGCUGAUUCAGCUGAUUCAGAUGAUCAAAGAUGGAUGACUAGUUGAUUAUUUGAAUCAGCUGUGUAGUGCUAGGGCAAAAAACUAAAUAUACAACCGUUUGGGUUACGAGGACAGAGUUUGAGAAACGCUGAGCUAAAAUAUCUACAUUUGUUAGUUUUCUUCCAGACCUGAAAUGUUUGACAAAAAAAUUGGUCACUCUCCAGAAGGGUCAUGGCUAGAAGGGAUCCAGCUUUUGUCAAAUGUACGUCAAAGGCUAUCAUCUGUCCACUAAUACUGAACUAGUAUAGGCCCAGUGCACUACUUUUGUGAGAAAAAUAAGUGUCAGAUGUUUUGUAUUUUUUAUCAAUAAAUAAAACAAUAUUCUGUUUUUUGUGGCGGUGCUGCAGAAAUCCUAUGGCCCAGUGCAUAUUUCUGCAGGCAAGAAGGAGAGGCUAUAAGGACAUUCCUGACCUGCAAAACAGACCACUCGAUGGCGAUGCCCCGGUUGUUUCUCAACAUUCUGCUGACCUCACAAUUGACUGUGUUCCUGCCAAGUGAAGCCCAAAAGCAAACCCCUCCCCCUCACACUUCCAGCCUGAGCUGCCCAGCUUAUCCCGGUGUCCCUGGCAUACCUGGUCAUAACGGUCUGCCUGGGAGAGAUGGGAGGGACGGGCAUGACGGAGUCACAGGACCCAAGGGAGAGAAAGGACACCCUGGAGGAAUAGGGGUACAGGGACCCCCUGGUGAUGUGGGGCCAGCUGGACCUAAAGGGGAGAUAGGGGAGUCAGGAGAUGCAGGAAGCAACAGUGUGAUCAGCCAUUUACUCGCUGAGAUCCAACAGCUCAAAGCCAGACAGGCUAAUCUUGAGAAAGCUGCAAGCUUCAGGGUCUUCCAGAAGGCAGGGGACAAAUAUUUAGUGUCCAAUGGAGUGCUGGGGAGUUUCGAUGAAGGUUUGAAGUUCUGCAGCAACGUUGGUGCGACACUGGUCAUGCCAAGGAAUGAUGUGGAGAACCAAGCUCUUUCCAAAUUCAUUGUUGGUGCUUCUUAUGGUUUCCUGGGAGCAACAGACAGGAAAACAGAGGGUGUUUGGGUAGAUUUGAAUGACGAGCCACUGACGUAUCUGGACUGGCACAGUGGGGAACCAAACAGUGGAGGUAAUGGUAUAGAAGACUGUAUUGCAACAACAACCUCUGGACCUUGGGUUGAUAUUACCUGUGAUGCAAACAUUGUUAUAAUAUGUGAAAUUUAAACAUUUAAAGAUGGGAUUUUUUUCCCAUUAAAUCACUGACCUACAUUUUGAUUGCUAUUAAAUGAAUAUUCAAGCAAAUUAUCUUACCAAAUCUUACAAGGCAAUACUAAUAUAUCACAACCAUCCAGCAGACACUGUUUAUGAGAGCUGCAAAUUCUUUACAGACGGUCAAUAAAAUGAAUAAAAAAGAGCAAGGAAUUGUGUGUUUCUCUCUCGGACCAGGUGAUGUCCAUGUUUGUUUAGUGUGGCGGUUUGACAACCAGGACCAGGUGAUGUCCAUGUUUGUUUAGUGUGGCGGUUUGACAACCAGGACCAGGUGAUGUCCAUGUUUGUUUAGUGUGGCGGUUUGACAACCAGGACCAUUUGAUGUCCAUGUUUGUUUAGUGUGGCGGUUUGACAACCAGGACCAUUUGAUGUCCAUGUUUGUUUAGUGUGGCGGUUUGACAACCAGGACCAUUUGAUGUCCAUGUUUGUUUAGUGUGGCGGUUUGACAACCAGGACCAUUUGAUGUCCAUGUUUGUUUAGUGUGGCGGUUUGACAACCAGGACCAUUUGAUGUCCAUGUUUGUUUAGUGUGGCGGUUUGACAACCAGGACCAUUUGAUGUCCAUGUUUGUUUAGUGUGGCGGUUUGACAACCAGGACCAUUUGAUGUCCAUGUUUGUUUAGUGUGGCGGUUUGACAACCAGGACCAGUUGAUGUCCAUGUUUGUUUAGUGUG